ACUCUGUCACGCGCGCAUCUCCAAUACAAAACAAAAGACCAUGUCGCUGGGCAAGAAGCACGUGUUGGGGUUUUCGCCCAAUGGUGGCCAUCUAUUUGCCUCGGUUGACGAGCAGGGCAUCCUGCGGAUAUGGGACACGGAGACGAACACGCUGAAACAGGAGUUUACGCCCAAUCUCCAAGUAUCCGGGCCGUGCACAGCGCUCACGUGGAUUUCGGUGGCCAGUCCACGGCCCAAGAAGUCGCGAAAGAGCCUGCCGACGCAGGAUGCUGCCGGCGAACAACUUCAAAUUGCUCUGGGCACACUGAAGGGGUCAGUGGUCAUAUACUCUCUGUCCGAGGGAAAGAUUGCUCGGACGCUCAGUGGGGACAGCCAUGAUGGAGCAAUCACCUCGAUUGCCUACGACAACGCUGGCCACCUCUACACCGUGGGCGUCGAUUGCCGGGCGGUGGUUUGGUCCUUGUCGGAGGAGCGCUCCGUCGCCGAAUGGCAGGUGGGGCCGGAAAAGCCCCAGAACAUAGCCUACCUGCAGAAGAGCCGCACCCUGGCCGUGGGUUCCCGCCAGCUGAAGGUGUACGACGUCAAGACCAAGGAUCUGGUGGAAACCUUCACCGGCCACUCGGGCGAAAUAAACGCCAUCAGCAGCGUGAGCGGCCCAGAUGGCACCGAAUUCGUGCUGACCACCGCCAAGAUGGAGCGCGUUAUCUGCUUCUGGAAGGUCGACAAGAAGGGCAAAAACAAGCCAUCCGCCUGCACGCUGCUCAUGGAGGAUUUGGCCUACUGUCUGACCAGCGAAGUGCGCGACGACGGCCAGCUGCGAGUGGCCAGUGUUACCCGCAAUGGCAAUAUACACAUUUACCUGCUGAACGUAAACAGUUUAUCCGCCGAGAAGUUCGUAAAGCCCAAGGUGUCGCUGCAAAUUGUGUCCGAUGGCGCUGAGACCGUGGAACCCAUAUUCGCUGUGGCAGCUCAUUUUGUGACAGACUCAACUCGUUCGCACGAAAUCCUCUUUGGCUAUGGCAAUCGCCAGCAGCUGCAGUUUGAACGUUUUACCCCCAACUAUGGCGAGAAACUGAACGUAAUUGUCCGCGCCGAUCCAAAGAAGCUGUACGCAAAAAAGAAGGGCAAGGAGCAGCUGGGUUUUCAGGCCGCGACCAAAGUUCAGAAGCCCAUAGUGAACCAAAAGUCCGUGGAGUACAACAGCGCCCUGCCCAUCUUCCAGAAGAAGGUGCAGAACGAUGUGCCCAUGGAGGCUCGCCUGCAGCACCUAAAGAUCCAUGGUACCAAACUGAGUGGCGGCAAGUUGCUGACCCAGAGCAAAACUCAACUGCUUAUGCAGGCACUACACAGCAAGGAUCAGACGAUGAUUCAAGCGGUGCUAGGCACACAGGAUACAGAGACGAUACAGCUGACAUUGGAUCGACUGCCGCUCGAAUACGUCAGUCCUCUGGUUAACGAACUGUCCAUCCUGCUGCAAGGAAAGCACGCCAAUGUCAGUUCAGCCCUGCGCUGGCUGCGCGUGCUGGCCUCCACCCACACGAGUGUCAUGAUGUCCGAGGACAAGGAAGCGUUGCGCGAGAAACUGGGCGUUUGUCUGGGCGUGGCGGAGCAACGCAUGCACUGCCUGUCGGAAGCAUUACAAAUUACGGGGCGAGUGAACCUGAUAAUCAGCCAGAUGAAGCGCAAUGCGGACAACCACCUAAACGAUAGCAACGCCUUGAUUCUGGACGAGGACCCAGAUGAGCCAACCGAAGCUCUCGAAGACAGCCUGUUGGCUGAAAAUAACUGGAGCGACCUGGAGGAUCAGCAGGGCAGCGAAAAAGGUAUUUCGGACGAUGAUGAACUGGUGGCAGACGACGACCUGGCGACCGACGAUGUUAACGCAGACACAGACUCUGAUGAAUCCAUGGAUUAGCCUGCCCCUCCGUACAUUAAGUUAAUAUGCAAUUCCUUGGUUGUCGUGCCGCAAGAAAUUAAACAACAAUUGUUUUCCAAACACAGUUUUCUACACCGA